AUGAGCACAGAACUGUACCCAUAUGAUUAUUUUGGUGGACCAGAGGAAUAUGACUUUAACAAAGACAGACAAAACGAACAAAAAUGGCUUAUAAAUGAAAUCAUACGACCUGAAUUACCUAAUAUUAUUGAUAAUGUGGAAAAAUGUAUUGAUAUGUUGUACAGUGAUCAGUUAUUUAAGAUGCCUAUAACUAGUGGUGUCAAAAAAAAUGCAAGUUCUCCUUCUAUACGUGGAGUAGUGACUAGACAUGGUAUAAAUAUUGUUGAUUUUCAAAUGGCUUUACAAUUUCCUCAAUUUGACAAGGGUAAAAUAAUUAUAUGUAAGAUGGAUUCUGGCAAGAAAUUCACAUUGUUACAGUUAGAUAGUAUUGGAAAGAAUUUACAACAGGUCUUACUAUUGUUAGAAGGUUUAGAAGUAGAAAAAGAUUGUGUUACUUUUAUAGAUAAAUUUAAGCAAUCUUUACAAUUAAUAACCAAAUCGAUAAAUAUUUUACAAAAUCCACCAAAAGAUUUGCUAUUUCCAUAUAAUAACAAUAUAAUCGUGAAACGGAUGUUUGCGAAUCCUGAACAGUUCUGUGAAUCUACACAUCAUAAGAUAAGUUUGGAACUGAUUGUCUAUAAAAGUGAGUUGACCAUGGAUUUUCGUAAUUUAGCUAAAGUGACUAAAAAACCAUGGUGUGAUAUUGAUCCAGUGAGUGGGAAAUCCGUUGUUGAUAAAAUUAAAGAAUCAUUAAAAUCUAAUAGAGGCAAAAAAUUGAAUGAAAUACUGGAAGAGCAGAAUAUUAUAUUAGAAGAAUCAAAUCUUUUAAAUAAUUUUAUAAUAACUACAUUUAAUAAAGAAAGUACCACAUUACAACAAGCCCAAGACUUUAUAUCUAGAUGUAUAACAUUUGAUGGGAAAGUCGUUACAGAAUGCGAAAAACUUCAAACCACCACAAGUGACCCAAGUUUAAUUAGUAUUGUAUCUAAAUUAAAUGCAUUGGAACAUACUAUUGGCAAUCAUUUCACUAAUCUUGAAAUAUGA